GGGAGCCAUUGCAUUCUGCAUCACCAUGCUUCGUAAGUUCGCUCAGCGCUGCGUCCUGCCCCGCGCCCAGCCGCGCAUGGCGCGCUUCCUCUCGUCGGCCCCGAAGGAAGAUGAGGCUUCUUCGGAAUCCACGCUCCUCGACCUCCAUUUCACGCAGGAAGCCGACGGCGUGCAACGUCCUUUCCGCUUUGUCGGUGUCCGCGACGUCGAAGUCGAGGACAAGCGCUUCGAGGACCGCGACGAGUCGGUGAAGCCCAAGAACGCCCCCGUGGUGCUCCGCAACGCGUAUGGCCAGGCCAACUUUAUCUCGUUGUACGUCGACGCGUUGCCCAAGGUCGUCGAGUACAUGAAGCAGAACGGCAUCCCGCACGAGCCGGUGACGACGGGCGCCGACGGCGUCGACCUCGUGACGAUCCCGCCCACGGAGGAGAGCGCGCCCCACUUCAACUUGUGCGACAAGCCCGCCUUCGUAGAGCUUGUGCAGGCGUCGGCCGACCUCAUCGCCGAGUUUGACGCGAACGAGAAGGCGCACACCGUAGAGAAUUAGAUUCGACUGAAUAUACUAGCAGCCUCCAUGCAGCCAGCA